AUGACAACCGAGGUCGAGAAAAUACAGGUGGACCGGACCAAAAAAUGUCCCUUCUUAUUAAGGACUUUUGUUCGGUCCGGGGGAUUUCAUCCAGAAACUGCCUUCGAUAAUGGUCGGGUGCCAACUCUUGACGAACAUGCUGUGCAUGCAUGGGGUGAUUCCACCUUGAUUGACAUUGUCCGAGCCCUUCGUGCACAAACACCAUCUCCUUCACUCCCAGCUGGUGCGUUCCGUAACCCGGGUACAAGAUACUCUUUUCGUGUCGUUUACUACGACCGAGGCAACGUUGCUUCCAGGGAGCUUGGUCACAUAGGUCCUCGGGAACUGAAUGAUACCUCGGUGCUCUAUCCUUCGUCUGGCGGCCAGACGCCAACACCUCCAACUGAACCUGUCGAUUUGCCCGCUGAGAGUGCAAUGGACGCAGACGAUGAUUCCCCUCGUAAAGAUCGCGAUGAUGACGAUGUUCUGCCUCCCGGUGCAAACAGCGGUAGUAGGGGCCGGGCCAAAUCUGGCUCACGAACACUCGACGAACUGAGGGUACAGCCUGGGGACUGGUUAUCGGUGUCCCUCACUCUACCUGCCAGCGCCAAACCCACCGUCGGACCCACUGGCCUUGCUAUUCGGGGAGCUGACCGUGAAAGGGAAGGGGAGCCUGGCGGACAUUGGCGAGGUGGAGGUGGAGGCGGCGGCGGACGUGGUCGACCUGCCGGGUUGGUGAGGGGAGGCGGACACCUUGCUUUCGGCCGUGAUCGAGCAACUGGCCGAGACGCAUCUCCCCCUCGAAACAGGGAUGGUCCUGCCACCGAUCGUCGAGGUAGGGGCUACGGACGCCGCCCAUCGCCCGACAUGACCCGUGGUGGUACUUCAUAUCGUGAUGGGAGCCGUAGCCGAAGUCGGGAGCGAAGGAGUCGUAGUCCUGUUGGAAGAAGGAGAGGCGGACGAUACGAAAGAGAUUAA